GGUGAUCAAAUGUUGUAUAUAUACUCUAGAAGAUACCCAGGAGAAAUAGCACCACGCCAUCGAGCACCAUCCACUCAUUGAGAUAACCAAGUACAUUCCUUUACAAUUCUAUUGUACAAAUUCAGACUUCAGGUAUUUUCACUUAAACCAUGCAUCUACAGAGUACUAUCCUGGCGUACCUCGCCAGCGUAGCCUUGGCUUCUCCAAUGGCUUUACCGCAAGGCACGGGAAAUGGCGCGGAUUCAUGUCGCGUUGAUCCAUUGGAGCCCAAGACAUGGACCGACCUGAAAAUCGACGAUUUCCUCGCGGAGGCUGCGAAAAAUUACACCCGGACAACGAGCAACAAUGUUCAAUCUCUAGCCGCUUCCUUCGGUGCUCCUAAUUUCUUCUGUGGUCUCGACAAAUUCUGCAAUGCUGGUCAGCCAUGCUUGCCCAUUCAACCGCCUGCUUGGUAUGCUGCGCUGGCUAUUCAGAACUACAACAAUUACAUGAACAGCCUCAAUACCGCCGUUAGUUUCGCCUCAUCAAUCAUCUCUUUGAGAUUAGGAUCGAUUGUCCAAGAUGUAUAUCCGGAUCCUAAAGAUGACAUCACGCCCUUGAAGAACAUUGGACUCAUGUUCAGCAGCAUCCUGGGCGUAAUUCCAUUCACUGGUGCUGUUGCCACAGGUGCAACCGCUCUUAACGGGGGUCUGGGAGUUGUUUUGAGGCGUGCUACACCACCUACUCCACCAGAUAGGUUUCUGGCGUGGAGCAAUCUUGGACAAACAAUGAGCGAUGUCCUGAGCGAUUUCCAGCGCUUCAUUUCGGAUUCCUUGGACAAAUCGCUCAACGCAGUGAUUGACGAUCCGACGGACGGAAUCAGUGAACUCAUUAAAGGAGGUGCAUUCUUAGGUGUGAGCGAAAACUUCACACAAAGCGAUCUCCAAGACAUCGUUAGUGAAUCAAUCACCCGCCACGCAAUUGGCCUCGCCCUACAAGCACAGAAGAUUUUCGUAUUUCGCAACGGAAAUGUUGAGAGCUGCCAAGAAGACUCCAGCAAGUUGUGCUCAGAUAACGGAGAUGGUACUUUCACUGUACGCCUCUUGACACAAUCGGAUGGAGAUGGAAAUGCACUGGACAAGAGUGAUAUCUGCGACACUUUGACGUCAAAAUACGGCUUCACCAAGGAGGAAAUACUCAAGGGUCCAACUGACUGCUUCGAUGCGAACGACAAGCAGCAGUUGACCAACCCAUUUGAGAAAGGUUUACCGGCCGACCCGAAAGCUCCUUGCGUUUUCAACAUACUUACAUGCAAUGUUGACGCGCCUACUGGCGAAGGCAUCACCGACAGAUGCCGUGCUCAAGGAUUGGAUAUUUAAGGAUCCAAAUAGCAACUGGUACGAGGUCA